AUGAGGCUCAGCAACUUCCUUAGCAGCCUAGCUAUUCUUGGCCCUAUCACAUUAUCCGCUGCACAAACCCUCAAUAUCGUCGCACAUCAAGAUGACGAUCUCCUCUUCAUGUCCCCAGACCUUCUCAACGACGUCCGAUCAGGACGCGCCGUGCGCACGGUCUUCCUCACAGCCGGUGACGCAGGCAACGGUGAAGGCUACUGGACAGGCCGUCAGGCCGGUUCACUAGCAACCUACGCGCGAAUCGCAAAAGUCGACAAUGACUGGGAAGAAGGCGACGCAGGAAUCGAGGGAUUCGACAUCCCCGUGUACAGCCUGUCAGCUAAACCCCAAAUCGAGCUAGCCUUUCUACACAUCCCAGAUGGCAACAUGGACGGGUCAGGCUUCGCCUCCACAGGAAGUGUCAGUCUCCAGAAAUUGUGGGAGGAGAGCAUCGACCAGAUCGGAACGGUCGAUGCCUCUGGGACGACUUAUACCAAGGACGAACUUCUAGAUGUCCUCGUUGAUAUCAUCGAGAACUUCGACCCGGAUCGUAUCAAUACGCUUGACUAUGUCAAUGACGUUGGUAGUGGCGAUCACAGCGAUCACUAUACGACAGGGUAUUUUGCCGAUCAUGCGUCGCAGCUUGCUGAUAACAACGCGAACUUUUUCGGAUACAUGGGUUACCCGGUUAGAUCUCUGAGUCCGAAUUUGGAUGCUGCUACGAUUGCGGAUAAGAAAGAUAUAUUUUACUUCUAUGCUGGGUAUGACGCAGGUACUUGUCACUCCGAUGAGGGUUGUGCUGGGAGGCCUGAGUUGGAUUGGUUGGCGCGUCAGUACAUGGUGUAG